CCGAGAAUUAAAUACAGUUUGGGAACCUCUUGAUUAGGUCAUACUGGUUUAUUCCAUUUCUUGCCAUCUAUCUGUCUGUCUCUCUUGUCUCUCUCUCUCUCUCUCUUGGUCUGUCACUCUCACUCUCUCUCUCUCUCUCUCUCUCUCUUUCUCUUAAUCUCUCUCUCACUCUCUGUCUCCAGCUCUCUUCUCCAUAACGUGUCUACCCACCUUUCCAUUACUGCGAAUUAAUUGCUAGAGCAUGUCUUACACUGCAUUUUAGUAUUGAAUUAUAAAACCGUACAUGUAGCACAGUGAUGGUAUUUACCAGAGACAUACCAGACAUCUGAGUGUGCAGGUCAGGUGGACGACGUUAAAGAAGACAUUUAACAGACAAACCCUUGUUGAAAAUAUGAUUUAUAUCCAUGCCCAGUAGUUGUUUUUUUCUCGUUUGUUUUCUUCGUUAUCCAGCUUUUUAAUUCAAUUAGAAUCCAUUAUGCCGCUGCUAUUUCUGAGCUUCUUUGUUGCCAUGACAACGGUGGUGUCUGCCAGUCUGUCUGGUUACGGAUACAACGCAGACUUUUGCAGUCAACACAUUGGAGUAAUAGAGGACGACGGCUCUACAAGUAAGACACAAAAUUAAGUUACUGGGAGAAAUAAGGAGAUGUUAUUACGUGGGAAUGGUUGGAGUAGUUAUAAUAAUUGAUGGACUGGAUUCAAGUUGUGUACAUGAAAUACAAGACCAAGGUAAAAGGCUAGACUUGAAUUCAUAGACAGGACAAAAGAUUUUGACGUUUCGGCCUAGAGACUUCGUCAGAAAACAAGGCACAAAGAAGUAUAGCUAGUAUCAGAUCACAAUUAAAAUUUAAAAUCUCUAUUCCUCCUCACAACAGAACGGUCCCACAAUUUUUUGUUCCCAUUAUUGACAGAAUCUCCGCCAGUAUUUGUUGAUGAUUUCUACGUCUUCGUUGAACAAAAACUUCUGGACAAUCACAGCGUCAGUUACAUAGAAGAGUACUUCUCACAGGUUUGUCAGUAUGAUUAGCUUGGCACAGCGUCAGUUACAUAGAAGAGUACUUCUCACAGGUUUGUCAGUAUGAUUAGCUCGGCACAGCGUCAGUUACAUAGAAGAGUACUUCUCACAGGUUUUAUAGUAUAUAUAUAUUUUUAUUUUUAUUUUACUCCUAGGUGACUACCUUACAAUAGAAAUUUACUAUAUUGGGUAACACAUUUCCGCAACUUUCGAUACUAGUACCUGGGAAAUCAUCUACUUUCACAACUUUCGAUACUAGUUCGUAACAAAUAAACUACUUCCACAUCUUGCGAAACUACUUCGUUACAGAUAAACUACUUCCACAAUUUUCGAUACGAGUACGCUACAAAUAAAACAACUUUCACAACUUGCGAUACUGGUACGCUACAUAUCAACUACUUCCACAACUUGCGAUACAAGAACGUCGUAAAAUAGCAUGGAUCCAAGCACUUUAAAAUUAUUCAAUCAAUCAAUCAACAUCUACCACAACUUGUGUAGUACGUUACAUAUCAACUACUUCCACAACUUGAGAUAUUAGUACGUUACCACGCUGAUAUGAAUAUUUUUUUUCCAGCACUCUGGUUUAGUCCACGCUUCACUGAAUUCUCAAGACGAUUCGAUCAACUACUGGGUGGACACUAAUCACGAUGAGAUUAUCAUAGUCCCACAAGGACAGCGUAAGUCGGACACGGUGGGUGGACACUGAGCACGAUGAGAUUAUCAUAGUCCCAUAAGGAUAGCGUAAGUCGGACUCUGAUCAUAAUGACCAGUGGCUGGUGUAGGUCUGUCUUGGUUAUGUUGUCACAAUCAGUCCUUGUGACCAAUGUAAAUAUGACGUGUUAGAGGUCACUAACCUAAUGGUCAGCUUGUAAAUCUGACGAUGAUAGGUGGAUCUUACAUGUCAGUGUAAGUCAAUCUGACGUUGAUGGUGGAUCUUACUUGCAAAUGAAGCAAACAUGACGUGACAUGUGUAAAUUUAAACACGCAGUCAAAAGAUCAUCGCAGGCAAUCAGAAAUAUUUAGAUUAGCUAUCGUUUUAAUUAAUUUUUUAAAAAGAAAACUAAUACAAAUAAAUAUCUAUUAUAUCUGGUGUAUUGUCUUCAGAUCUCUAUUUAUAUUUGGUGUAGUGUGUACAAUAUCUAUUUCUAUUUGUGGAGUGUGUACAGAUUUCUAUUUCUAUUUGGUGUAGUGUGUACAGAUAUUUAUUUUUAUUUGGUGUAGUGUGUAUAGAUAUCUAUUUCUAUUUGGUGUAUCGUGUACAGAUCCCUAUUUCUACUUGUUGUAGUGAGUACAUAUCUCUAUUUCUAUUUGUGUUAGCGUGUACAGAUCUCAAUUUCUAUUUGGCUUAGUGUGUACAGAUCUCUAUUUCUACUUGGUGUAGUGUGUGCAUAUCUCUAUCUCUAUUUGGCGUGGUGUGUACAGAUGUCUAUUUCUUUUUGGUGUAGUGUGUGCAGAUCUCUAUUUCUAUUUGGCUUAGUGUGUACAUAUCUCUAUUUCUACAUGGUGUAGUGUUUACAUAUCUCUAUCUCUAUUUGGCGCGGUGUGUACAGAUGUCUAUUUCUACUUGGUGUAGUGUGUGCAGAUCUCUAUCUCUAUUUGGUGUAGUGUGUACAGACAAGACGUACGACUUCGUGGGGACGGACCAGUACACCAUGAUUGGCGUGACCAUAGGACCACACGAUUCUCUUGACCUCAACUCACCGGAGGGUAAAUUUCAGUUUGGAUUUACCUGGUACAACUUCAAAGUCCUUCGUGGUUUAUUUUCAGUCAGUUGACACUUUAAAGGGCGUUCUUACAUGCUUCGUGCUUAUUUAUUUUUCUUAAAAACUAAAUUUUAUAAUAACUAGCUGUCAGGCAAUUUUAUUUAUAAAUGAUUUUAAGGAGCAACGCUUGGAGAAACUGCGUAUUUACUCAACUCGUGUAUGAUUUUUAAGUCCAAGGGAAGUUACUCGAAUAUAAAAACAACAGUGCAUCCCUUUUACUUAAAUAAAUUAAAUUGAAAUCUACUAGUUUAAAUAAAAUUAGCUUAAUAAAUUUCUGGAUCAGUAAAUUAAGUAUUCUAGUUCUAGGCCUUUUCACAAAUACAUUUUUAAAGUCGUUUAAAUACAGCUGCCUGCAACAUUGACAUCUUCUAGGACUCCAGGAGAUGGAGAAGUAGGUUAAAAGGGGGGGGGGGGGGGGGGGAGGAAAUAAAAAAUGUGUCAAGUUGAAUCCAAAAAGGGAGUUGGCAAUAGUUUGUUUGCUGAGUUGAAGACUUAUUCUUUUAAGUGGUUGUGAUGUGUGCUGUCUAAAACUUUAAACAUUAAGUUGCUUAAAAAAAACUUUUUUUUUUUUUUUAAAAUUAUUAUUGCUCAACGUUCACAGCAUUCUUUCACUGGGGUGCUCAGGGCAGAGAGAACAUCUCAUACAAAGGUCCAGACGUAUCUCGAGGUAAGGUGCAUGGGGGUCUGGCAUGUGCACAGGUAAUGGUCGAACUUCCUAUUCUCCGCGAUGUUCAGGAUGAUGCGUUCGCCCAAGAUCGUAUCAACGCCUGCGCCGCACUGAAUCAAACUGCACUUUCAAUUUCUUCAUCAACUUUUUUAACAAAAAAAUAAUAUUUCUUUUAGUUUUUUAUGUUCACCGUAUGUUCCCCCAGCUACCUUAACAAUGACAAAAUAAUGACAUUACCUAAAAUUGUUAUUUUCAUAAACCCUACACCAUUCCGUACGUGCCUACACCUCUGUGUUGCCUAACUUAAUACCUUGAUUAAUUAUUAUUAUCAUUACUAUUAUAAUUCAGUUAAAUUGUAACGAAACAUAACUUUUUAAAUUUUAGUUUGCUUCCUUACGUAAAUAUAAAAAUCGUAUUCGGAAACAUUAUUUUAAAUUUAUUGCUUUCAAAAAUACCAACAUUUAAAAACGAAAGUCUUGCAUGGCUCAGGUAUCGCUACGAUCAAAUGGUGGACCUGUGAAUAUGACGAAUACAGAGAUGCAACAACCUUCACCGAGUGGCAAAUAGUUGGUACGAUAUGAAAGAUUGUAUUUCUUUUAGUCUUAUCAUUAGCGAGUCAUAAGGCAUGUUUAUGUCCUCGCAUUGUUAGCCAGUCAGAUGAUGUUUUUAAAAUGCUUAUAUUGAUAAUUUUUCAUUUACUUUCUUUAAAUGUAUCCCCUUUCAAAAUCAAACUGUAGUGAUUAUGAGCACAUUUUUUUUAAACAUCUGCCAUUAUAAUUAAAUGAAUAAAUAUCCAAAUUCGUUGCCCACAGUUUAAGAUACGCAUAUGAUAUUUUAGAUGUUUUACUGUAGAUCCCACCAAGUACAGGAUGCCAGCCAUCGACAGCGGUGAGAGGACCAAUCCAGUGCUGCCCAUCAGUGCUGUCGUCACAGGGGUGGCCAACCACUUCCAGGGGAAUCAGACCUACUUUAACUACAGGUACACAAACAGGAUUUGUCAGAUUGAGCUUUUGGGGGAAAUUUUGUAUUCUUCCCAGUAGAUUAAGAAAAACAAAAUUUUCUUACACUACUUAAAUGACAAAAAUGAUUUUAAUCGACUGUUCUUUAGACAACUGUCAUUUUCAGUUGAAAAAAUGUAAUGCUAAGAUUUCCCAUUUGUACAAUGUAUCAAAAUGUGGGGAGCUAUCGUUCAGUUAUUAUAUUCAGUAUCUAUAUAUUCAGUUACUAUAAUCAGUUACUAUAUUCAGUAACUAUAUUCUGUUACUAUAUUAUGUUACUAUAUUCAGUUACUAUAUUCAGUUACUAUAUUUAGUUACUAUAUUCUGUUAUUAUAUUCAGUUACUAUAUUCAGUUAUUAUAUUCUGAUACUAUAUUCACUUACUAUAUUCAGUUACUAUAUUCAGUUACUAUAUUCAGUUAUAUUAGUCAGUUAGCUUAUUCAUUUACUAUAUUCAGGUAUGACUUCGCAUCUUUCAAACGGAUUCAACCUGAUGAUGACAAUUUCCGGGUAAAUAGUUUUUGUAGGGGGGUAGGGUUUGGGGAAGGAGGACUUAAUUAAAGCGUUUGUGGUCGGGUGCUAAAUAUUUUUAACGUGAAUUCCAAAUUUUUCUGAGAAAUCUUAUGGAUCAGAAUAUUAAUUUAAACGGUGUUGAGUUUAAAUAACAGCUAGAAGGGAAGCUUUCUAAACAAAUAAACUGCAAUUCCUAACCCAUUGCAUAUAAGCCUAUGUUAAAUGGAAAGAAACACAUUUUUUUUAAAAAAAGUGUUAUGCCUCUACAUACGUGUAGAAACACAUUGCAAUUUCCCCCACUUCAUUACCCUCUAUGCCCACAUGAUAAUCAUAUUUUACAUACCCAACAUGUUAAUUACCAUAAAGGCACUACAAUGAUCGUUUUUUUCAUAAAGAAGUUACCGAUGUGUAUUGAUUUAAAUAAAGCGUUUAAAUGCACGAAGCAAACAAUCCAACUAAAGAAGGCAAGUGCUUCAACAAAACAAACAACAACAAAAAACUGCUAUAUUUAAAAAUAUGUUCUUACGAUAAUUUUUUUCUUUCUUAGAGUUCAUCUGAUAUCGUGUCAAAACAUAGCUUAAUUAGCACAGUUUGAAUAAACUCCGACUACUGCUUAAUUUUAUUUAAUGAAGGUUUAAUUACUUUGCCAUUUAAACAGAAACUAUUGAACUAUUCACUCACAUGUGUUUAUCCUGUGUUCUAAACCACACCAGAUUCCAGCCAACACUCUGUGUCUGGUGAAGCCCCAGCUGGACACUCCACUUCCGUCCAUGCCAGGUUAUUUCAAAUUUCGCGGAGAACAAGUUGUCCAGGUCUCUACUGAGUCCCAGACGCCAAACCCGGCGGAUAUGACGUUGACUGUAGUAUGUACUCUCUAAAUAGCUUUUAAAAAAACAAUUAAAAUGAAAGUGGAGAACGAUUUUUAAUUGAAGCACUGCUACAGUGGCAGAUAACUUUUGGGAGAUAAUUAACUUAUUAUGUUUGAAAAUAUCUCGUUCUUGGUCUGUGUAUGUCAUACAGGUUAAUAGCAAACAUUUAAAAGACGAAUUUCAUUAUCAAAACAGCAUUUUUUAUUUGACAACCUCUUUUUUUUUUUUUUUUUAACUUCAUGAAAUGGCAAUUUUUUUAAAUUCUUUAGGUUGUUUGGCUUUGUAGGGAUUACAUUUCCUCGCUUAGAAACAAUGACGGUGCAUAAAAAAAGUCUGAAAUGAAAUUUCUUUAUCAAAACAGCCUUUUUUUUUUGUCUUCCUUUUUUUUUUUUUUUUUUUAACUUCAUGAAAUGGCAAUUUUUUUAAAUUCUUUAGGUUGAUUGGCUUUGUAGGGAUUACAUUUCCUCGCUUAGAAACAAUGACGGUGCAUAAAAAAAGUCUGAAAUGAAUUUCAAGAUUUUUAAAGAUUACAAACUCAAAUUUACAUAUUCUUAAAACAGUUCAAUUUUCAGAAUUAGGGAAGAAGUAACAUUUACUAUUUAUCCUGCAACAGCUUCAAUAAAUAAAAAAAAAAAACAACAUCUAAGCCGUAUGUAGGGCCGGCACUGGCCUUUUGUACAAAAGUUUGGUUCUUAAAACACUCCUCCUUAUUCGCAAUGUUCUGGCCUUUUUAAUGAUUUUUUGAAAACGACAAAGUAAAAAAAAAAAUUUUUUUUUUUUAAAUUCGUUUACUCCUAUUAUUAUCUUUUUGCUCCUGUGUAACAAACGUUCAGCCCCCUUUAAAUUUCCAAGGCCUUCCGAGGACCCGCAGUGUUGCAGGACUCACGCGACGGUUUCUGAUUAUAUCAGAAUUGUUUCUGGCAUAGAAUAGUUUAGAGUGAAAGGUUUAGGGCAUAAAUUAAUUUAGACGGAAAUGUUCAGGCACGGAGUAAGUUAGACGGAAAUGUUUAGGGCAUAGAAAAAAAAUUAGACGGAAAUGUUCAUGCAUAUUUUUACAUUGACACGGAAAUGUUUAGGGGAUAGAAUAGUUUAGACGUAAAUUUUAGGGCAUAAAAUAAUUCAUACGGCAAUGUUCAGGCAUAGAAUAAUUCAGACGGAAAUGUUCAGGCAUAGAUAAAUUCAGACGGAAAUGUUUAGGGCACAGAAUAAUUUAGACGGAAAUGUUUAUGCAUAGAAAAAUUUAGACUUAAAAUGUUAAGGCUUAGACUCCUUUUGACCAAAAAAAAUUAUGCAUCUUUUUGUUGUUCUUUGCAACCAUCUCUGAUCGACAGGAAGAAUACAAGAAAGAUAUCGGAUUGUAUAUCCAGGAUGUCAUCUCAACGCCAGUCACUGUUAGCGCUGACAACGACAAGUCUUUCAUCAAACGCGUGGAUGAUUUUAACACAGGUCGGUACGAGGCUGCGCGUGCCAGAGUAUGUGUUCGCGUGAGUUAUUCCCCCCCUCCCCACCCCCCCUCAUCGUGUUUUUUAACAACCCGGUAGCAUUAGUUAAAAUUUAGAUAAAACAGUAUUCGUUCACCGUGUUUCUUAACAUGUUAAAAUUCCCUACAACACAACGGAUGACCAUCAUCAGGUCUGACCUAUGAGCUGGACUUGGAGUCCGGCGAGUGCCAGGUCAAGGUCAUCGAUGGGAACUCGGUCGAUGCCAUCAACAUGGGCAACGGCGUGGUUCAGAUGAAAAAUUCUGAUGAUUUCUUUGAUCUCGAUCCCAUGUCCUACCAAUUCAUGGGCCUGGUAAGUUUUUUUCUUUUUCUUUUUUUUUUUUUUUUUUAAUUUUUUUUUUAGAAAAAAAUCUUGGAUAGCACUUAACUUUAUCUAAAAUUUAUAAAUCAUGGCAAUUUUUUUUGUUUUUUUAAAAAUUUUUUUUUUUUAAAGUAAGUUUUUUUCUUUUUCUUUUUUUUUUUUUUUUUAAUAUUUGUUUUAGAAAAAAAUCCUGGAUAGCACUUAACUUCAUCUAAAAGUCAUAAAUCAUGGCAAUAUUUUAUGUUGUCUUAAAAACUUUUUUUUUUUAAAAAAGACUGACGAUGUCUGGUAAAACACAAUGUAUUCCGCCAAUAGAAAAAGAAUAACCAGAAUCGAAAUUUAUGAUUUGAAAACUGUUGCAUCAUUUAGAGUUCUUUUGGACUAAAUUUUCAACAAGAGAACAGAUCUUUUUUUUUUUAUUUUUUAAAUUUCGGUUUAUUUUCAACGCCUUGAUCUGUGUCUUCUGGCCAGCACGAGCAUCGCGGAAUCAUGUGUAAAGUUUGGACCGCAUUCUUUGGUCCUGACCAGACGUCACGUCCAAGAUACUCUCUCUUCUCCUGGUAUUUCGCUGAUGUACGCCUUUCGUGCUUAUAAAAAUUUUAAUCACCAACACAAUGUAACGGGUUUUCAUCAAGUUAUUUUGAGUAACACCGCUAAAUUUUGAUAUAAUAUCAGUAUUUUACUUUUAUAUAAAAAAAAAACACGAAAAAAUCUAUUUAAAAAUGCUAAGUUUAAUAUAAAUUUAUUUAAGUGUUAAUGAUAGUAAAUUUCAAAUAAUUUUUAAACAGAAUUAUUACCGAAUUUUUUCAAAAAAGUCGCUCUUGAAGCUAAAAUAAAAUUACGUGAGUAAUUCACGUUGCUACACAAAUAGAUAGCGAAGAAAAAACGUUAAAAUUAAAUAUUUAUUAAUUUUUCGCCUUGUAAAGUUAAAGAAAGUUUUUUUGGGGGGUUUUUUUUUAGAGAGUUUUAAAAUAGUUUUCUUUCAAAUGUCUACAGCAAGACUGGAUGACGUCGAAUGGCUUCAGGUCCCCAACCGUCAUGCCCGUAGCUCUAGAAGUGACCGUAGGAGAUGUAAGUGUUGUGUACCUCACUUAGUAACUUCUGUCUUCAUCCUUUGAGUUAAAAAAUAAUUAUUAAGUUAGUUGUGGUAACUUUGAUACAUCUGCUUAUUAACUAACAACUUUUUAUGACACAUUGACGUAUGCAACAAAAAAUUAUGAUUUCAGUUUUUCGGCUAUUCAAAAGUCAGUUUGUCAAACUUUUGCCAAGCUCGACCGUGUAGACUUUUUAAGAACACAAAAAAAAAACGAAACCUUGAAAUAUCAGUUGCCCUACCCCAGGUCCCCCAAAAGGCACACCUGAUACUAUCAAGCCUUAUUUUGCAACUAGCUAGCCUUGCGUUGCAACUGGCUAGGCUAAUGUUGCAACUAGAUAGGCUUAUGUCGACACUAGCUAGGCUUAUGUUGCAACUAGCUAGCCUCAUGGAUGCGGCUGGCCAGGCUUAUUUACAACUGGCUAGGCUUAUUUGCAACCAGCUAGGCGUAUGUUGCAACUAUCUUGGCUUAUGUUUCAUCUAGCUAGGCUUAUGUUGCAAUUAGCUAGGCUUAUGUUGCAAAUAGCUAGGCUUAUGUUGCAACUAGGUAGGCUUCACGUUGCACGUGUGAAAAUGCUUAUGUCGAGUCUCUAUGAUUUAAUUCUUUUGUUUCUAAACUACUGAGUUGAUUUACGUCGUCAAUUCUUUUCCCCAGAAAUACACUCAGUUUAAUAUAUUCGAGUGGGCCACAGAUGAACAGGAAGAUCAUCUGGAUCUGUCCACCUGUUUCGACCCGAAGAGUACCAUGAACAUAGAGGUUCAUUUUAAUGGUAAGAUUGUAGAAGAGCACCAUGGACAUACAGGCUCGAUGUGAUAGUUAGCUUUUACCCACUAAACAUAUUUAUUUUUGAUGUACUGUUUCAAUUUUCUUAAUUUGAAAAGUUUUAUAAAUUUCAUAAAUGCCUUCAGUAACGUAACAUUCAAAAAACUGGCUUCAGGUCUGUGACAUUCAACCGAUACGUUCUUAGCGAAGCUUUCAUGAGGCACCAUCUUCCCCCAAAAUAUCUAUGAUUGACAUAUUUUAACUUUAGUAUCAAGAUUUUUUUUGCGCCCCUUGAAUAAGGCGCCUAGGGCAGGUGUCUCUUCACCCAUCCCCCCCCCUCUCACUCACUCACCUCCUACACACGACCUUGACAGAAUAAAUAGUAAGACAUCACAAAGAACAGACUCAAAACGAUCAGCAGUAGAAUAGAAUAAAAAUCCUGUUUACAAAUCAACACUAACUUCACAUCUUUGUUUUGUUUUUUUUGGUUCCUCAGCGCGUUACGACCAGUUCUACACACCAGCUAAGCUUGGAUUCCGUAAGGGCCUCACGCAGAGUCUGUUUAAGUUCACCAAUCUGAAGUCAACUCUGAGAAUAGCUGAUCUUGAUGUGAGAUGGUGGAGAACAAAAAAAUUAUUUUAUUUCUAAAAAAAUUAAUUUUGCUGAUAAAUUGUAGAGGUCCAAAAAUUGAGGGUUGAAUAAUAAUAAUAACUAAAUUACAGGUAACUGCAAAUAAAUAUCAAUCAAUAGAAGAGAUUGCUCAGUGCUGCGAUUAAAUCCUUUAAAUUUUCAAUUGAUUCAUCUGAUCCAUUUGAAAUAUUUUCACUCUCAAGUCUUCCGAAGCUCUCCGUGCCAUCUCUUUCUAGCGAGUGGCAUCCACUGUCAAGUGUUUUACAAGAAAAAUACAGAUGGUUAUCAUCCACUGUAUCCUGGUCUUACUUCCAGUGGUCUGGGCUAACUCUUGCUAUUGGAAAAUUUAGUCAAGGACGAGAGUGCUGGGUGGCCGAGAGGUCUAAACGGUCUCAAACCAAACAGCUGGUGGUCUGGAGUUCAAUCCCCACCAAAGCAAAUCAUCCCAAGCACCCCGGGUAGAUGGGACUCGUUAGCCUUGGACGACAACCCAUCUAAGAGAAGGCAAACUCUGAAUUUAAACCAGGAGCCAGAAUGAUCAACAAAUUGAUCGUGGGCCCCUCAAAUAUAAGAAGAAGUGCGGAUGAAGAAUUUGAGCAACUCUCCCUCAGGCCACGGCAAGGAAUACUACUAAAGUCGAAGCCUUGGUCAUAACCGCAUGAGGUGGAAGGAAAAUAUAAACAAUGGUCUUAACCCCUUCCCUUGAUUGUAUAUCUGUGAUGAAUUAGUCCUUACCCCGACCCCACCUCCCCCCCCCCAAACCCACCCGCCGCCCAAACCACAAACAGAAAGACAAGAUCAAGUUUGAAUAGAAGUGACUUUAAAAAAAAUAACUUCCAAAAGGUGUUCCCCCAUAAUCUCACACUUGACCCUAGAGCAUGAGCUUAACUGAGAGUGAGAAAUGUUUCUUUUAAAGUUAAGAUAUGGAAUAAAUGGAGAGAGCAUGUCAAUCCGGUGGUGACAGAUUGAAGAAGCUUCAGAUCUGGACGACGAGGUUAGACAAGCUGAGCUAAGAAUAUCAUUACUGCAGUGGGAUUGUCAUCAUCCACAACUAAAUUAUACCUUUUCUUUUUUUUUUUUUUGUUUCGUUAAAAUUUCAUUACACUAAUUAAAUAAUUCAGUGAUUUUUUUUUUUUUUUUUUUUUUAAAUUUCUUUUUCCUAAUUAAAUAUUUAUGUGAAUUUUUUUUUUUUUUUUUUUUUUUUUUUUUUUGUUUCGUUAAAAUUUCAUUACACUAAUUAAAUAAUUCAGUGAUUUUUUUUUUUUUGUUUCGUUAAAAUUUCAUUACACUAAUUAAAUAAUUCAGUGAAUUUUUUUUAUUUUUUUUUUGUUUGUUUCGUUCAAAUUUCAUUACACUAAUUAGAUAAUUCAGUGAAAUUUUUUUUUUUUUUUUUUUUUCAAAUUUCAUUACACUAAUUAAAUAAUUCUGUGAAUUUUUUUUUUUUUUUUUAUUUUUUUUUUUUUGUUUUGUUAAAAUUUCAUUACACUAAUUAAAUAAUUCAGUGAAUUUUUUUUUUUUUUUGUAAAUUUUAAACUGAGCUUAGUUCCCGUGCAGGUCCAGCCAGGGGAUGGCAAUAUCAUCGUGGCCAGAUUCAAGCUUCUCGACAAGCUGAACAUCACCGGCGACGUGGUCAACAUCACAAAGCCGGUCCCGAGUGCGGUUAUUCACCAACAGAUGGUGACGUCGGUCAACGCCGGGUCCUUCUCUGUUAACCUGGGAGGAAAGGUUAAAACAUAACUGAUGAAUCAACUUCUGAUAGACGCGUAACUAGUGAAGCCUGAGUCCCCCGCUGUGUUGAAAUGUUGUUGUCAAAGAGAGAGAGAGAGAGAAAAUGUUUGAUGAUCAAAGAGAUAGAGACAAUUUUUGAUGAUUAAAAAGAUACAGAAUAUGUUUGAUGAUCAAAAAGAUAGAGAAUAUUUUUGAUGAUCAAAGAGAUAUAGAAAGUUUUUGAUGAUUAUUACAACUCGGACCUAGUGUAACUUUCUCUAAAAGUUUUUUUUAUGAGUGCUACAGCUUGGACCUGGUGUAACGUUUAUUUAAAACAGACCUGCACAACUCAAAAUGUAAGGGGGGCCGUAAUGCAUUAUGAAAAACUUGUGCGGGCACAAAUAAUAUAGGUCAGGGGGGAAAGCUAUUAAGAAAAUAAUAAGAAUAAAGCGUUUUUCAUUAACUCGCGGGCCACAAAGUGGGUGCUGGCGGGCCACAUGCGGCCCGCGGGCCGUAUGUUGUGCAGGCCUGAUUUAAAAGAAUGGUGAUAUAUUUUACAACAUGAACCUUGUCUAACUUUGGCUAAGGGAAUCUUUUGUUAAAUUAUUUAAUGAAUGUUACAACUUGGACCUGGUGUAAUGCUCGUCAAAAGUUCGUUUAGAAUGUUACAACUUGGACCAAGUGAAGCGUUCAUUAAAAAGUUUUUCUUUUAGAAUGUUACAACUCAGACCUGGUGCAGCGUUCGUUGAAACUGUUGUUUUUUAGAAUGUUACAACUUGGUGUAUAGCUUUUCAGCUCCUUCCAUUUGUUUUCCCAUCUGAUAGGAAAAAUCCGUGAUCUACGCCAAACGUAAUUCUGUAACUGUGGUCACACCAUCCCGGUACGUGACCAGUGGCCAAGGCUAUUCACCUGGUAGGUGUGCUGCUUAUCAUUUUUUUUUUUUUUAAUUUUGCAUUAAAUCAACACGGAGGCUGUGGAGCAGAUACAGAUUGAGAGAAGAUAAACCUGCAACAAAAGUGACUCCACUCCCAACCCCACUGAUGGAUUAAAAUACCCAUAAGAAUCGUUCAUAAAAGAAUGUACUUGAACAUCUUGUCACAAAACAUUACCAGGAGCUCUGGGCUCAACAUAUUAAUUUGAAAUAGUCUUGAAAUAUAUUUUUAUUUAAUUUUUUUUCCGUUACAUAUUUAGAGCUUCAGAAUUUGUGUACGAACAUUUUAUUUGGAUAGAGUUGGCAAUACUGCUUAUAACGCAAGAUGAGUUGCAUUGAUGAAUCGGUUGAUUUUUUAAAACUGUUUUAAAAAAAUUGAUUUUUAUUUUUGUUGUUGUUGUUAUCUGCAUUUUAUAAUUAUCUACGUAUGCUAUUAUUUGUUCCGACCCUGCUUAUUACUUGUAAACAAUGUUAUUUAACAGAGAUUGUAUCAUCAGCCGCUGUUCACUCUGUCCCCCCAGGUGUCAUGGCCGGCGUGGGUAUCGGCACCCUGGUCGCCGGCCUGCUGAUUGGGGCCGUGCUGGUCCUCAGUUUGAAAAAGCUUCGAAUCAUCGGGAAUAAGGAAGACGUGCCCUUAACCCAACUCAACCCUGCUGAAACUUAAACUGACCGACCAUGAGCACGUCAACACACACUUUUGUAUUAGUCAAUGAAAUCUCCUGCGCCCCGGUUUCCGCUGUGACUUUAAUGUUGCGGUAUUUUGUCUUAACGUCGACUGAAGGUGUUACCCAGUAAAAAAAAACAUAAAUUAAAAUGUAAAUAGCGUGCUUCUGUUAACGACGCAUGCAUGCCUUGUAAAAACGCAUUGUCAAUAAAUGAUACAUUACUUUUG